CUGCGCAGAUUUCAACUUUGGAAUUGAAUUGCCAAGAAGAUGGUGUAGAACAAAUAAGAAAUACUCAGCACAGUCGUGGUAGCAUGCAACUUUUGAGAGGAGCAGGACAGUUGACUGAAGCUGAUCAACCAAAUCAAAAGCCUCCAUUGCCGGCCACUACUAGUCAAAUCAAUGUCGAUCAUUUUCAUCAGCUUUCUCGGGCCACUGUGGACACGCAGGAUUCAUCUUUUGGAUUGGAUUGCCAAGUGAAUGGUGUAGUACAAGUCAGCAAUACUCAGCGCAGUCAUAGUAACAUGCAACUUUUGAGUCGAGCAGGACAGUUGGACGAAGAUUAUCCACCAAAUCAACAGCCUCAAUUAACGGCUAAUAUUUUUUCAUCUAUAUCGUGUAAUACCAAUCGAUCUACUUCGGUCAAUGCCAAACCUGGAAGAGGCCGUUCGACCGGUAGCGGAACCGGAUCGAGAAGAGGUAACAGAGGUUCUCAAAUCCGGGCUGUUCCAGUUAGUGGAGAAGGUGUGACACGGAAUUCGUAUACUACAGCCUACUGCUACCAAUCAGUGUAUUAUGCCCUGAAACCCAAUUCAAGCCCACCAGAGUAUUACUUGAUAUCGAAAAGAAAGCUUCCGUCGCAGUAUUCUACAACCAUUGAACUCCAACAAGCUCCUGUCUUAGCUAAAUGUUAGAGAUGCGGAUGCGAUAGAGAUGCGGCUGAAUUCCUUGCGUUGUUUUAAUAUUUUAUAAAUAUGGAUUUUUUAAUAUGCAUAUGUUAUAAUCAAGAAAUGUUGUUUUAAACAGUUUGUGUUUUUUUAAUAAAGUGACUCGCCAAAGUA